UAAUAACACCCUUCGAUGUACCUUGUGUUUCAACCGACAAACGAAGCGGGGCCUUGGUGAAACUGUUGUGACAAUGUUUGUUAUAACUAUUACUAAUUUUUGUGUAUUCUAUCAUAUAUUGUUCCAUAUAAAAAGAAUUCUGCAGUGAAAUCAGAAGACGUCACUGAAUAAUACAUUAAGUACAACUUAGUUUGCUGAGAGCUACAAGUUAAAACCCGUUGUGUGUUCGACUUCAACAACUUAAAAUAUAAUAAUCUGUUCGCAAUAAGACCUCUACAUAUACUUACUGAAUGCAUUUUGCAGAAUCUUUGGUUAUAUCUGUAUAGCUGUAGUAUUAAAUUUAAAUUUAAACUGCUUUAAGCCAUUCAGACAAGGAAAACGAGUUACUAAUACAACCUUUAAAUUUUAAAGGAAUUUUCUAUGAGUUUAAUUUGAUUCUUUUAGAUGAGAAAAGAUAUUCCGUGUUAAACCAACAUUAAUAGAAGAGCAAUGUUAGUAUACGACAAAAUUAUGCACUUUUGAAACAUUUAUUUCAGAACAAAAGAUAAUAUUCAUCAUAUAGAUGUGUUUAAUUCGGUGAAGUAAGAUUAACACAGCUUAAGUGAAGGCGCCACUCAAUGUCUCGAGAACGUGCAAAGAUACGCUACAGGCAAGAGGCUUGUACAAAAGCCGAUGUUUGCAUGGAUAAGGCGAGGCAUUGUGGCGCUAGAAAUUGGAAAAUCUAAGUUCACAGUUCAGGAAAAAAGUUCAAGUAACAUAUGUUUCACGGGGCAUAAAACAUAUGACAUGAACAACACAGCCGGCAGCAGCACUUACAAUAUGGUAAAUCAUUUGUCGAGUGGCAAUCGAAUCAGCGGGAUGUUCAACGCGCAGGCAUCACUGAGCGGCGGUCAGAGCAGUUCCAUUCGUAGACCAGAGGAAGUUCACGCACAUGCGAACUCUUCUCCGAGCUCUGAGGAUAAAAAAUAUGCUAAUAAAUGCGCAUUUCUCAAAAGAAUGAUAGGUGACUUGUUAUGGGAAAACUCGAUACUGUUCGAGCGACUUCAGCGGAAGUUGACUGAGGCCAACUUUCGCAACGAGGAACGCCGGAGGUUAGUAAGAAAACUUGUGGCUAAAGUGAAUCGCUCGGUGCUCAAUCAUCGAAGAUCUCUGCCGCCCUGCAUUGUCUCAACUGCGGGUGGCCAACACAGUAUUGUCCUACCAUCAGGAGCCAGCCGGGUGCUCUUAGUCCCGCCGGAGAGACCAAAAGAUAUUCACAUUUCUGAAGGCGGUAAAAAUAGAGAAUCCAAGGACAAUGCUGCCCCAUCGCGGGGCCGGAAGAAAAGUAGUUCGGAUAAACGAUUCGUUCAGCCAAUUCCGUUAGAUUCGAUGGGAAGGCCCAUUUUCCCAAUUGAACUCCCGGGCAUUGAGGUUCAUUGUUUAGGAGAAAUCGAUAACAAACGACCAGGUUAUCACACCGAGGAUCUUUUAUUCCCCGUUGGCUUUUGUUCUUCUCGAGAAUUUGCAGCCGUCUCCGAUCCUCUACACAGCACAUUGUACACUUGUACAGUUAAUGAUAACGGACCCGAACCCAAGUUUGAGGUGAGUGGUGACGAUAAUCCAGCUGUGGUAUACAGCGGGCGUACUCCCGAUGAGGCGGUGUCAACUCUUUUUGCAACUCUGAAUACGGCGAUAGCCAAAUCGCAGACAGCACGACCCUUACCAGCUCUUCCACCUGGUAAGGGCGCACAGUUCUUCGGUCUCUCUACUCCUACAAUUCAUCAUCUUAUUCAGGGUUGUCUGGGCACCCGCAAAUGUGUGCGGUAUAAGCCCGUUCGCUACGAGACAUCGCGAACGCAACAGGCUACGUCGUCUAGUCAUUCUGGCCGUAGCUCCUCGCAAGCAUCCCAACAACAAAAUGCUGACCAAAAUGAUAUGUAUCUCUCAUUUAAUGCAUUCCGUGCAAGAUGCGUCUUCUCCUCGAAUGCCGCCUCUAACAGCAGCAGCACUAGUAAUGGUAGUACCAUAAGCAGCCACAACGCCCCAGCUACAACCACCGAUGGUAACAACAGUGCGGCCUUAAAUAAUAGUACGAAUGCCAUUAGCGGCUGUAAUAGUAGCUCUAUAAGCAAUAACAGUGUUAACAAUGGUAACCUCAAUUCAACUAGUCUGUCUAAUUCUGCCGCUGCACAACAUUGAUCGGCAAAUACUUUAACGGAAGGAUACGUCCGCGCAUAGAGAACAAAGUGUGUACGAUAUAUCAUGCAAAGUACGGACGGUAGAUUCUAACGCGUAUCUGGUGGAUAGGAGAUUCUCAUUUUUUUUUUAAUAUUCAAAGUUAUCGGAAAAGAAAGCGGGUUGUAGUAUCUUAUGUAAUACAAAUAAAGUGGGGAAUAUUCGUGUAAGAAAAA